AAACCCAAAUCAAAACCGGAAGCUACAACACUAUAUUUUCAGGUCACUAUAUAGGUCGUCCAUGAAUCCAGGAUCAGAAAUGUCUCGGCCAUCCGAGCGACAGUGGUAGAAUCUAAGGAGUCAGCAUUACACCGAUUCUGAACGAAUUCGAACAAGACUUUAUCGACGAGAGACAAAGGACCACCGAGAGAGCCAUGGACAACUUGAUACAGAUCCUGCUCACCUUGUUGCUAGGAUACGUGCUGUGGGUUAUCGUUACGACCCUGUGGAGAUACAACACUCUCUGUCGGACAGUUAAAGACUUCGCCCAAUUAGCCCCCGCUCAUUGGUUUUGGGGACAUAUGAAACUGGGAUAUAUGAGUGAUAUGCGGCUGCUGUUUGACCUACCCAGAGAAGAGGCGUACAGGAUUAACCAUAACAAGAAAUGGUCAAUCUUCUGGAUGAGUUUUAUACCAAUGAUCCAGGCCACCCACCCCGACAGUGCUAAAGCCGUACUGAAACUGUCUGAUCCAAAACCAACGGGGCGAGGACAGGUCUAUAACGUUUUGAUUGAUUUUAUAGGCGACGGUUUGGUGACCAGCAAUGGGAAGAAAUGGGAAAGAAACCGGAAGUUACUUACUCCAGCUUUCCAUUUCGAUGUGUUACGUCCAUAUGUUAGGAUCUACAACGAGGCCGCCGACAUUGUACUGGACAAGUUUGCCACAAUGAUGAAGGAAAGUCCUAAAAGUAUUGAUAUCACCGACGUUCUAAACCUCGCCACGCUGGACGUCAUCCUCAGGUGUGCUUUGUCGUACGAGGGCAACAUACAGAGGCAAGAGAAACACCCUUAUGCCAUGGCGGUACAAAGGAUAGGGUCUCUUAUAAUGAGCAGAAUGACGUACCCCUGGCAGUUCCUGUCCUGGACACUCUAUAUGAUGUCCGCUGACGGGCAAGAAUACAAACGACAUCUGGAUUACGUCCAUGGAUUUGCCGACGAUCUGAUAGCGAAACGAAAGAAGGCUUUGACAGAAGAUUCGUCGUUGUUGGAAGGGAAGCAUAGACUUGAUUUCCUGGACAUCCUAAUGACAGCUAAAGACGAGUCCGGAGUCGGAUUGACGGACCAGGAAAUCCGGGACGAGGUGGACACUUUCCUGUUUGCUGGACACGAUACUACCUUCACGGCACUGAGAUGGGCUCUGUAUAACUUUGGGAAGUACCCGGAUGAGCAAGACAAAGUUUACCGGGAAGUGUGUGACGUCAUGGGAGACCAAAAGUACACAGAAUGGGAGGACCUGGGAAAGUUACAGAAGCUGACCAUGUUUAUGAAGGAGAGUAUGAGGCUGUACCCCCCGGUGACUUCCAGCACCAGACUCCUCAAACAACCACUCGAACUGGACGGAGUCUCCCUCCCGGCCGGGACUUCUGUCACUGUAGCAAUGAUAGGUGUACACUACCAUCCUGAUGUCUACCCGGACUUCAAUGUAUUUCGACCUGAACGUUUUCUUCCCGAGAAUUCCGAGGACAGGGACCCUUAUGCUUUCAUUCCGUUUUCUGCCGGUCUCAGGAACUGCAUUGGACAAAACUUUUCCAUGAACGAACAGAAAGUGAUGUUAUCCAGAAUACUUAAACGGUUCAAAGUCGUGUUGGACGAGGAUCAUGAAGUUAUUCCGAUACCCGAGUUGACACUCCGACCAAAGACUGGCAUCAAAAUUCGAUUUGAGGAGAGAGACAAUAAUCAGAAUAACAUCCGAGGAGAGAUCGAGAAAGAGUAAUCAUGAUAAUAUCCGAGGGGAGAUCGAGAAAGAGUGAUCAUGACAAUAUCCGAGGUGAGAUCGAGAAAGAGUGAUCAUGAUAAUAUCCGAGGGGAGAUCGAGAAAGAGUGAUCAUGAUAAUAUCCGUGGAGAGAUCGAGAAAGAGUGAUCAUGACAAUAUCCGAGGUGAGAUCGAGAAAGAGUGAUCAUGAUAAUAUCCGAGGAGAGAACGAGAAAGAGUGAUCAUGAUAAUAUCCGAGGAGAGAUCGAGAAAGAGUGAUCAUGAUAAUAUCCGAGGUGAGAUCGAGAAAGAGUGAUCAUGAUAAUAUCCGAGGAGAGAUCGAGAAAGAGUGAUCAUGAUAAUAUCCGAGGUGAGAUCGAGAAAGAGUGAUCAUGACAAUAUCCGAGGUGAGAUCGAGAAAGAGUGAUCAUGAUAAUAUCCGAGGGGAGAUCGAGAAAGAGUGAUCAUGAUAAUAUCCGUGGAGAGAUCGAGAAAGAGUGAUCAUGACAAUAUCCGAGGUGAGAUCGAGAAAGAGUGAUCAUGAUAAUAUCCGAGGAGAGAUCGAGAAAGAGUGAUCAUGAUAAUAUCCGAGGUGAGAUCGAGAAAGAGUGAUCAUGAUAAUAUCCGAGGAGAGAUCGAGAAAGAGUGAUCAUGAUAAUAUCCGAGGUGAGAUCGAGAAAGAGUGAUCAUGACAAUAUCCGAGGGGAGAUCGAGAAAGAGUGAUCAUGAUAAUAUCCGAGGAGUGAGAUUUAGGACCACAAACACGAAAACAAAUUAGGAAGACAAAUGUAAUCAUGUUUUGAUUCUUCUGAUAAUAUAAUGAUAAAUAAUGAUCAAUAAUAAAAUGUCAAAGUAUCAUUUCCGGAGAGGAAAAGACAUAGAACCUUGAUCUAUAUCGGGUUUUGAAGAUAGGGAACACUUUUAUAUGUUAUUUGUGCUAUAUUACAACACAUAUUAUAACAUAUCAUAUUAUAGCACAUAUUAUGAGGACUGUGUUUUUGAGAGAGAGAUGUUAAAGGGUCGUCGGGUAUAAGGAACAAGUAUUUGGAGUGAUGUUAAAGGGUCGACAGCCUCAUAAUCAUUAAUUAUCACAAAUUAUAUUGUAUAUCUAUCACAUAUUUUUGUAUUACGAGAGUAUAAUAAAUGUAUUAUUCCAUGACGUACUGAAACAUCA